UCAAGUGGGAAGUCCCAGCGAUGCUAGAAUGGUGAUGGAGUGGCAAAUGACCCAGAAGUAAGGUGGUUAAAGGUCACAAAAGAAGACAAAGGAGACGUUCAACUUCUCCACUCAAGUUCUGCCUCUUGGGGAGAAUCAUGAUAACUUUGAUUACUGAGCAACUACAGAAGCAGAGUUUGGAGGAAUUGAAAUGCACAUGUUUCAGGAUCAGUCUGCCUUUGCCGGAUCAUUCUGAUGUCUCUACCUGUGGGGACUCUUUCCAGCUUGUUUCAGAAGGUGCUUCCUGGAGGGGCCUGCCUCCCUGCCCCUGUGCCGGGCUCAAGGACAGCCUUAGUCUCAGCUACCACCACUCUAGUCUGAGCUUGCACUUCAAAUCUCCAAGCCGAGGAAACUCCCCACAGGAGAAACCCCUCUGCCAGGGCCUUUCCCCAGAGUCUCCAGGCUCAGAGAAAGUUCCUGUCCCUCCUGCCCCUCCAUCUAAGAGGCAUUGUCGCUCUCUCUCAGUACCUGUGGACCUGUCUCGAUGGCAGCCUGUGUGGCGGCCUGUUCCUUCCAAGUUGUGGACUCCUAUCAAGCGUCAAGGCAGUAAUGGAGGAGUGGGUGGGCCACUGGUACCGCAUCAGAGUUCUUCCCCCAAGCGGGUCUCCAGCCUCAGGUUCCUCCAAGCCCCGAGUGCCUCUCUUCAGUGUGUCAAGGCCAACAGAUCCUGCAGCCCACCUUUCUUCAGUUUGGCCCUGACCCAUCAUGAUUCCCCAAGACCCUGUGCUGCAUCCCCUCCCAGUGGAUCAUGGGAGAGUGAUCAUGAGCCCCUGUCCCCCUUCCCUCCACAGCGCCGCUUCUCCUUGUCCCCCAUCCUCAUCCCACAGGCAGGCCGGUUCCUGCCCUCUGCCCGGAGCUCCCCCUCAUCCUCCCCAGAGCUGACCUGGCGACCCCAUGGUCUUCCCCGAAGCCGCUCGCAGCCUUGUGACCUGGAUGCACGAAAGGGUGGGGUUAAACGGCGCCAUGAUGAUGACCCCAGGCGUCUUCGGCCCUCUCUGGACUUCGAUAAGAUGAAUCAGAAACCGUAUUCAGGAGGUCUCUGUCUCAUAGAUACAGCCCAGGAAGGCAACAGCAUCUCCCCACCGUGGUUCAUGGCCUGUAGCCCUGCACCCCUCUCUGCCUCCUGCAGCCCCCUCGGCGGCUAUUCCCAGGUUCUGAGUGAAAGCGAAGAGGAAGAAGAGGGGACCCAGAGGUGGGGCCGAUCCCUUUUUACCAAGCGGACACUGUGCCAGCAGGACUUUGGUGACCUGGACUUGAAUCUGAUUGAGGAGAACUAGAGCUGAGAAGCUGCUUCUUGGGGGGAAAGCAAACUUCAUGUCUACUAACAAGUGAUGAGGCCUCCAGGCCAGAGACUAAACCUGGGAACUGGGGUGAGUUGAGGGCUCCAGUUCUGGGCAGCUGGGAACCAGCACGCACCAGGAAGUUCCACAGUACAGACCGAACAGCUCAAUGAGAAGAGCUGAGUUUGGUUAUGGGAGGGCAAGGGGUCAGAUGGUAUAGAGCUCACCUUCUAUUGAAAGUUUCAGCUAAAAUCUGAGAAGGGCUAUUAUCUGUGUUAUCAAGAGAGCUGUGGGAUGAAGUCUAGAGGAGGAGGGCUUUGUAAUCCUGUUGUGUGUCUGUAUGGGGAUGUUCACAAGUUUCUUUGACCCGAGGGAUCUAUCAGGUCUUAGAAUUUGGCCAAGAUGUCAGAUAUGAGAGAGAGAGAGUGAGUGAGUGAGUGAGAGA